ACACAACAAUUACUCCUACAAACUUAUCUGCCCACGAAAUUUCGUGGAAGCAAGGGGAAAAAGAUAAUCAUGGCAGUAGUGAAAUUCUGCAAGGAGUAGGAAAUCGCCAAAAAUAAAAACUCAAUGCGCCCACUGGCCCUUAAAAAAACCAGCUUUAAAACAACCCUUUUGAGUUACAAUUUAGCUUCUGUGUUUUCUCUCUUAUCUCUCCAAAUCUCUCUCAGUCUCUCCCAAUCUCUCUCGUAUAAAAACCAGCAUUAAAGCAACCCUUUUGUGUUACUAUUCAGGUUCUGUGGUUUCUCGCUCAUCUCUCCCAAUCUCUCCCAGUCUCUCUGCAAACUCAACUCAACUCAGUUGUGCAGUUUUUGGACAAAGGCAGGACAAUAUGGGUGGAAAAAGUUCAAAACGUUCUGCCCCAGGCCGGUAUUCGUCUUUCAGCUCUAGUUCAAAUUCGUGGAGUCAUAAUGAGUAUCAACAGUCCACCUAUCCUCAACCAACACAAACAUAUGAAUCGGCACGUCCCCCUCAAAGCUAUGGUGGUCGGGCCCCUGAUACUAAGAAAGGGCCAGAGCGGAAAUUUGCAAAAAUAAAUGAUAACUUCAACAGCUUAGAACAGGUUACUGAAGCUUUGGCACAUGCUGGUCUGGAGUCAUCAAAUCUGAUUGUUGGUAUUGAUUUCACCAAGAGCAAUGAAUGGACAGGUGCAAGAUCAUUUAAUCGGAAAAGCUUGCAUCACAUAGGGGAUUAUCAGAAUCCUUAUGAAGAAGCGAUAUCAAUAAUUGGGCGGACAUUAGCUUCGUUCGAUGAAGAUAAUUUAAUUCCUUGUUUUGGAUUCGGAGAUGCAUCAACGCAUGACCAAGAAGUGUUCAGUUUCUAUCCGGAUGAGAAAUAUUGUGAUGGAUUUGAGGAAGUGUUGACACGAUAUCGAGAGCUAGUCCCACAACUAAGACUUGCAGGUCCAACUUCUUUUGCUCCCGUUAUUGAAAUGGCGAUUACUAUUGUUGAACAAAGUCGUGGCCAGUAUCAUGUUUUGUUGAUAAUAGCUGAUGGGCAGGUGACAAGAAGUGUCGAUACUGAACGUGGUCAGCUAAGCCAUCAGGAAAGAAAAACUGUAGAGGCAAUUGUGAAAGCCAGUGAAUACCCAUUAUCGAUCAUAUUAGUUGGUGUUGGGGAUGGACCCUGGGACAUGAUGCGAGAAUUUGAUGACAAUAUACCUGCUCGAGCCUUUGACAACUUCCAGUUUGUCAAUUUUACAGAAAUUAUGUCAAAGAAUCUAAACCGAUCCAGGAAAGAGGCAGAGUUUGCCCUUGCAGCCUUAAUGGAAAUACCUUCCCAAUAUAAAGCAACGCUGGAGCUUAAUAUUUUGAAUGCACAGAGAGGUAAGGCAAUAGACAGGAUUCCUCUACCCCCACCUCAGUAUGGUAUGGCAUCUCGAGGGGCAUCAAAGCCUUCACAGUCUACUCUUUUACGUCCAAGUGGAUCUUCUUCAUAUAAACAAACUCCAUCCGUCCCUAGUAGAGAGCCUCCAAGUUCUUCAGCUGAUGCCGAUCUAUGUCCCAUUUGCAUUACUAAUCCUAGAGACAUGGCGUUCGGUUGUGGACAUCAGACAUGUUGUGAAUGUGGCGAGGACCUUCAGCUUUGCCCUAUCUGUCGUAGCUCCAUCCAGACAAGGAUAAAGCUUUAUUGAAUCCAACUCGCCUUUCUUACGUCGUCUCAGACAGCUGAUAUUCCUUCCGAGAACAUUUCCUGAUGUGAUGAUGCCUUCGAUUUUGAAUCAAAACUGGCUGAUCAACUGGAUAUAUGAAGCUUCAGCAAAGUUAUAGCUAAAUUACAUUGCUUUGUACAUAUUUAUUGUAUUCAACCAUCAGUACAGGUCUUCCCUUCGUAAUCAGUCUUUGAAUGUUGCAAUAGUAAAUGUAAUUAAUGUGGGAAUGAAAAAUAAUACCACCACAAGUUAGUUGCAUUCCUAUCUUAUAAGUUAA